AUGCUCGCCCCCCAGCUGCCCUUGUUCCUCCUGCACGCCUGGUGGGUCCUGCGCCAGGCGGGCGCCGCCACGGUGGCCCCGGUGCCGCUCCGAACGCGGGUGCAGCCCUCGUCGCCGUCCCCUCUCGCGUACAUGCUGAGCCUCUACCGGGACCCGCUGCCCCGGGCGGACAUCAUCCGCAGCCUGCAGGCGCAAGAUGUGGAGGUGGACGGGCAGAACUGGACGUUUGCUUUUGACUUCUCCUUCCUGAGCCAAGUGGAGGAUCUGGUGUGGGCUGAGCUCCGGCUGCAGCUGUCCAGCCCUGUGGACCUGCCCCCUGGCGUGCCACUCUCCGUCGAGAUUCUCCACCAGCUAAAGCCGGAUGCGGAGCAGGACCCAGCUGACUGCCGGGAGCAUCUUCGGAUGGACCUAUUCGCUGUCCCUCUGUCCCAGGUCACUUUUUCCUCGGGCAGCAUGGUCCUGGAGGUGACCAGGCCACUCUCCAAGUGGCUGAAGCACCCUGGACAGCUGGAGGAGCAGAUGUCCGGUUUGGUUGGAGAGUGUCAGCAGCGGCCUCCCACGCUGCCUGUCGCCAGUGCACUCCUCAUGCUCUACUCCAACCUGUCCGCGGAGCGGAGGCAGCUGGGCGGCUCCACCUUGCUGUGGGAGGCCGAGAGUUCCUGGCGGGCCCGGGAGGGACAGCUGUCCCAGGAGAGGGGCAGGCGGCACCGUCGACACCACUUGCCGGACAAAAGCCAGCUGUGUCGGAAGGUCAAGUUCCAAGUGGAUUUCAACCUCAUUGGAUGGGGCUCCUGGAUCAUCUACCCCAAGCAGUACAAUGCCUAUCGCUGCGAGGGCGAGUGUCCUAGCCCCGUGGGGGAGGAGUUCCAUCCGACCAACCACGCGUACAUCCAGAGUCUGCUGAAGCGAUACCAGCCCCACCGAGUCCCUUCUACCUGCUGUGCCCCCGUGAAGACCAAGCCGCUGAGCAUGCUGUACGUGGACAAUGGCAGAGUCCUGCUAGACCAUCAUAAAGACAUGAUUGUGGAAGAAUGUGGGUGCCUUUGA